AUGACUACCUUAAACCACACAGAUGUUAGCCACACAGUCUUCCACUUGCUGGGCAUCCCUGACCUGGAGGACCAGCACGGGUGGAUUUCCAUCCCCUUCUUCAUUUUCUAUAUCAUCGCCCUGCUUGGGAACAGCCUGAUCAUCUUCACUAUUCUCACAAAGCACAGCCUCCAUGAACCCAUGUACCUCUUCCUCUGCAUGCUGGCUGGAACAGACAUUGUCCUCUCUACAUGCACAGUACCUCAGGCCUUGGCCAUCUUCUGGUUCCGGGUGGGGAAAAUAUCCCCGAAUUGCUGUGUCACUCAGCUCUUCUUCAUCCAUUCCACCUUCAUCUCUGAGUCAGGGAUCUUGCUGAUGAUGACGUUUGACGGCUACAUUGCCGUAUGCUACCCACCGAGGUACACCACUAUUCUUACACAUGCACUGAUUGGGAAAAUUGGAGUGACUGUCUUCCUGAGAAGUUAUGGUACAGUUUUUCCCAUAAUAUUUCUUUUGAAAAGAUUGACUUUCUGCCAAAAUAAUGUUAUGCCACACACCUUUUGUGAACACAUUGGCUUGGCGAAAUAUGCUUGUAACGACAUUCAAGUGAACAUGAACAUCUGGUAUGGGUUUUCCAUCCUAAUGUUAACAGUGGUCUUAGAUGUUGUGCUAAUUUUUGUUUCUUACAUGCUGAUUCUCCGUGCUGUCUUCCACGUGCCUUCCCAAGAUGCUCGCGACAAGGCUCUCAACACAUGUGGCUCCCACAUCUGCAUCAUCAUCCUCUUUUAUGGGCCUGCAAUCUUUACAACACUUACUCAGAGAUUUGGACACCACAUUCCACUUCAUAUCCACAAUUUAUUGGCCAAUGUCUAUAUUCUUGUUCCACCUAUGCUGAAUCCCAUCAUUUAUGGGAUCAAGACCAAACAGAUUCUUGAAAAAUUUUUAUUUACAUUUGAUGUGCUCCUGGCCAGACUGUAUAUGUACAAAGUGUUAAGAAAAUAUACAUUAUAUAUACUAAAAUCCUUUGUGUUUUUCAACUACAUUGAAAAUAAUUAA